ACAUCUUGCACAUCUCGGCAGAAGACCUUCUGGGCUAUUUUCUUUUCUUGUUUGUUGCAUUAUCAAGCUGGCAUCAUGUCUAAGUAUGCCCCUCAUUCACGUUCGCAGCCUCGGGCUUCGCCUUACACAAAAUGCCAGAAAUGCCUGGGCACUGGGCACUUUACCUACGAAUGUAAGGCGGCGCGUCCGUAUGUCUCGAGGCCAUCGCGUACCCAGCAGCUCGAAAAUCCCCGAGUGCUCGCACAGUUGAAGAAAGACGGAAAGCCAUCAGUGGAAGUUCCGGAUGAGUUCAAAAGCAAGAGUGGCACUGCCAACCGUAUACUUGAGGCAAAGGAACAGGCACGGACGGAGGAGAAAGACAAGGAGGCAGUACCAUUGGGGAAACGAAAGCGCUCGACCUCUGCGUCCAGCGAGAGCAGCGACUCCACAUCUGAGUCUGAGUCUGAGUCUGAGUCUGAUUGGGAGAAAAAGGUGGGGUCAGACUAUAGCUCAGCUUCAUGCACAACAAAGUCUGGCUCCAACUCUGAUUGACCUUGUUCGAGCAUAACAUUCACAUAUUCUUUUGAUCUCUCCGCUUCUGAAUACCCUCUCACUGUAUAAUAUGAACAUUUGCCAAGAUGAUACGAGAAUGAGUAUUCG